GCAGUGGAGCGUUUGAUCCACCCACAGCUGUGUGAGCGCUGCAUCGAGUUCCUGGAUCGGCAGGUGGUGCAGCAGAUAAACGGCCGAGCGGAGCGGGCGAGCGAGGAGGUGGUGCACGCCUUCAUCCUGGUGCACACCAAGCUGCUGGCAUUCUUCUCCAGUCGUAAUGCCAGCUCUGUGAAGCCUUCAGACUUGCUCUCGCUCAUCUUAAUUGCACAAGACAUGUAUCCUAGCAACGGCCAACUGGAGACACAGGCUGGCAAGGAUGUAGAGGACCUGACGGUGGCUGAAGAGUUCCACACACCUCAGUCUUCUCCCAGUCCACACGGAGCAGGAGACCUUGGGAUGGCAGGGAGCAGCUCACACACAUUCCAAUUCACUGACUCAGAGAUACAGAUUGCUGAGGACACAGUGCAAGCAGCUUCAGAGAGUUCUGUUCCCAGGAGGAUCUUCCUUGAUGCUAAUCUGAAGGAGCACUACUGCCCCAUGAUGCCUCACAACAUGUACUGUAUGUCCCUCUGGCCGGCCAUCUCACUAGUGCUCCUCACAAAGAUCCCGUCCAGCCACGUCGCUGUGUCCCUCCACCAGCUUUUAGACGCAUUCACGGUGCUGGAGGCGAAGCUGAAUGAAGGACAGGAAGUUGGGCACGCUCCUCGCGCUUACCCAAACAUGGCGGAUCUCCGGCACAGGAUGGACAAAUUCAUCAAGGCUGUGGCAACCCGGGAGCGACCGUUGCAGUACGCCUGGGCAGACUUCAAGAGCAAAGCCUUCUCCAAACCUGACACUGGGAACCAUCACGAUCUAUUACAGGCCUGUCGUAACGUGAAGUCCCAGCUGUGCUCGGUGUACCAACAGCGCUUCCUGCUCAGGGCUGGCAGGGAGUGUCAGCACCUCUCCUCAAACCUCCAGGCCAGAGUCCUCGAAACUGUGCAAGGCAAGCUGAUGGACUGGAAGGAAUUUCUCUUAGUGAAGAGCAAGAGGAACGUCACCAUGAUCUCGCAUCUGCAAGAUUUUCCUGGGCUGAUUCAUUUCAUCUAUGUGGAUCGGACAGCGGGUCAGAUGAUCGCACCUGCCAUCAACAUGAUUGAAAAACCCACCUCUGAGCUGGGGAAAGGGCCGGUGGCGGCUUUCAUCAAAAACAAGGUGUGGUCUCUGGUUGGUUUGGGACGCCGGUACCUGCAGAAGGGAUACACCACACUCACCUUCAGGGACGGAGAUUACUACUGCUGUUAUUUCCUCUGGUUUGAGAAUGAAACUGGAUACAAGCUGCCAGGUAUUGAGCUGCCCAUGCUGUCUGACGACUCAGCACCCAUCGGCAUUUUAACUGGAGACUACUACAGGAAACUACUGCGAUAUUACAGCAAGAACCACAGCUCGGAGGUGAUCAAGUGCUUUGAACUGCUGACCAUCCACUUGGGUGUGGUCCCCACGCAGUUCAUCAUUCAGCAGUGCUGUGAUUUAGCUCGCAAGCUGUGGGAGCCCUCCCGCAUCCCACUGCUCUAAGGCAGCAAGAACAGCAGCUCAGUCUGUGCUGGAGAACAGUGGUCUUUGGGUGGUGGUGGGGGCAACAUAGGACCAGGAGUAGGUCAUUCAGCCAC